AAGAUAGGUACUAAGAUCUUAGUUCGUGAUUACUGAUUUACAUUUUGCUGUUUGCACUAUGCAGUUAUGUAAUUUGUGAUAAUAUUUAAAUGAUAAAUACUUUCAAUAAAGUGAUAAGUAUUACGAUAUCAUUAUCUAGUCUCUGUAUAGCAACAACUGUAACAAAUAACAAUGGUGACUGGUUAUUAAUUAUUAUAUAAACAUAUUAAUUAUUUACUAUUACGAACAAUAUAAUUGUUAUUAUAAACCAAAUAGACGGUUUCUGACUUUGGUUCACUUUGUCAAUAUUGUGAGCAGUGAAUUCGAGUUCAGAAGAACGACCAACUUAUUAUUGCUGGAUUCCAAUAUGAACAUAUCACUAUUUUAUAUAAUUUUGGCAUAUGCUGUCAAUCUCAGCUGGUCAGCCAAUAUAUUGGCUUUUUUACCAACAUUUGCUCGGAGCCAUUAUGGAGCAUUUUCACCAAUGUUAAAAGAACUCGCCAUUCGAGGACAUAACGUCACUGUUUUGUCACAUUUCUCUUUGAAAGAUCCACCUCCAAAUUUUCAUCAUAUUGAUGUAUCGGUGAAGCAAUCCGAGUCUACUGCUAAAAAUAGUAAUUUCAGUAUAUUACAAAUAGCAAAUUAUUUGAAUCCAAUAACAAUUCCUAUUGGCACUUUAUUUUUCGGUCCCGAAGUAACAUAUGGAGCAUUAAAUAAUACUAAAGUUUUAGAAUUUAUUCAAACUGAUGGCUAUCAAUUUGAUCUUGUUAUAUUUGAAAAUUUUCAACAUGAAUGUUUUGUUGCAAUGGGUCAUAAAUAUGGGGCACCUGUAGUACAACUGAUUCCAGCCACUCCAGUUGCUUUUGUGUCUCAAUGGUUCAGUCAACCAUUUCAUCCGGCUUACAUCCCUGAUCAGAAUUCAGGAUAUUCUGAUCGCAUGUCUUUCUUUGUACGGUUAACUAACGUUUUUGUUACUCUACUUCAAUUUAUUCUGUAUCCAUUGUUCUAUAUGCCUAAACAAACUGAAAUUAUGAAUAAAUAUUUUAAUUAUACUGGAUGGGAAAGUAGACCAACUUUAGAAGAAAUGACAAAAAAUAUAUCUCUUACUUUAAUGAAUGCUCACUUUACAAUUGGAUCCCCUCGACCGUUAGUUCCAUCAUUUAUAGAAGUAGCAGGAAUGCAUUUAAAACCUGCUUCUAAAUUACCGAAGGAUAUACAACAAAUUAUGGAUAAUGCCCCAAAUGGUGUAGUUUAUUUCAGUUUUGGUUCCGUCGUUAAAGCAAUGCAUUUACCCAAAGAAAAAGUAGAUUUAUUUUUACGACAACUGGGCAAGCUCAAGCAAACAGUGUUAUGGAAGUGGGAGGCAGAUGAUCUACCAGACUUGCCACCAAAUGUCAUUGUUAGAAAAUGGUUUCCUCAAUUAGAUAUACUAGGACAUUCAAAUUGUGUUCUUUUCAUCACUCAUGGAGGUAUUAGCAGUACUGUAGAAUCUGUUUACUAUGGUGUUCCAAUGUUAGCUAUAGCUAUUUUUGGAGAUCAAAAGUAUAAUUCAAUUAUGAUGGAAUCAAGAGGUGCUGGUAUAAGGGUUUUAUACACUGAACUCACAGAAGCUAUUUUCGAAAAUAGCUUACAUGAAAUACUGAAUAAUAAAUCAUAUUUAGAAAAUGCUAAAGAAUUGUCACGUCGGUUUCAAGAUCAGCCAAUGAAACCAGUGGAUAAAGCAGUUUAUUGGAUCGAAUAUGUCAUACGCCAUAAAGGAGCUCAUCAUCUUAAAACAGCCGCAAACCAGUUAAAUUGGUUCCAGUUUUUAUUGUGUGAUGUUAUUAUAGUUUUAUUGUUAAGUUCAUUUUUGUCAUUUUAUGUAUUUAUAAAAUUGCUUAUGUUAUGCUGCAGAUGUGUAACUCGUAAAUCAAAAAUUGAUAAGCUGAAAAAAAAUAAUUAGAAAUUAUUAUUAUUCUAAGAUAAAUUUCAAUAACAUAACUGAUUGUCUGAGUAUCCGACAAUAAUUUCUUGUCAACUUUAGGUUUGCUAAUAUUUUUUAACAAAAAAUUAUUAUUUCAUAGUAGCAUAACCAAGAAUUAUUAUCGAAAGGAGUCAAGUCAUGUGUUCCAAAUUCCAAACACUACAAUUCUCAUAAUACAUUUAUAUUACGUCUUCAGCUUUCCAUAAUACAUUUUUCACUAAAUUGAACACUAUUCAUUUAUACAGCGAAAUCCUUAACUGCUAAUUAUACAAAAUAGGUGUAUAACAUAAGAAUCUUUUAAUUUUUUUACUGUAGAAAGAUAUAAAUAGCAAAACUACGUAAUAAAAACAUGUAUACCAUAGAAUUUUCAUUUACAGUCUGUUUACACUAUUCAAUUAUUUUUGUAAUAUUAAUCAAAUUUUAUCUAGUUAUUAAUAGUUUUAGUAAUUCAAAUCAAAUUCAUUUGUGUACAUUU